UUUUGAAAAAAAAAGAAAAGAAAAGGUCAGAAAAAUUAGACCCAGUUAUAGAUGAUCUCUAUGUGGAAGAAGAGCUGGGUUGGGAGUUUGGAAUUGGAAUUUUGAAUCCACAGAGGGUUUAGGUUUCCUGGGUUUGGUAAUGGCGAACAACAGGUGGAACUGGGAAGUGACUGGGUUCGAGCCAAGGAAGACGACGACGGCGACGUCAUCGUCUUCGGCAACGUCCUCGCCGAAGUCGGCGUCUGUGGACUUUGAUGAUUACAAGCAUGGUGCGCCACUAGUCCGGAGGUACUCGAUCUCUGCGGCCUCGAUGUUGCCGCAGCAUUCGGAGCUUUCUAAGCACUCCAUGACCUCUAAACUCCAGAAACUCAAGGAUAACGUUAAGCUCGCAAGAGAGGAUUACUUGGAGUUGAGACAAGAAGCAAGUGAAUUGCAGGAGUACUCAAAUGCGAAACUUGAUCGAGUUACGCGCUAUCUAGGUGUUCUUGCUGAUAAAUCCCGAAAGCUAGAUCAAUUUGCCCUUGAAACGGAGGCUAGAAUAUCCCCACUGAUCAAUGAGAAGAGAAGAUUGUUUAAUGACUUAUUGACAGCGAAAGGUAACAUCAAGAUAGUUUGUCGCACGAGACCGUUAUUUGAGGAUGAAGGCCCCUCAAUUGUUGAAUAUCCUGAUGACUUCACUAUUCGUGUUUUAACUGGUGAUGAUUCCAUUUCCAACCCCAAGAAGGAUUUUGAAUUUGACAGAGUAUAUGGACCUCAUGUUGGGCAAGCUGAGCUUUUCAAUGAUGUUCAGCCAUUGGUACAGUCAGCUUUGGAUGGAUAUAACGUUUCAAUAUUUGCUUAUGGACAAACCCACUCGGGAAAGACGCAUACUAUGGAAGGAUCUAGUCAUGACCGUGGUCUUUAUACUCGUUGCUUUGAGGAGCUGUUUGAUUUAGCCAACUCUGAUUCAACUUCUACUUCUAGAUUUAAAUUCUCAGUUACAGUUGCUGAGCUCUAUAAUGAACAGAUGAGGGAUUUGCUCUCAGAGUUGGGGGAUGCCUUACCAAAGGUGCGAUUGGGAUCUCCUGAAUCCUUUGUAGAACUUGUGCAAGAAACAGUUGAUAAUCCGUUGGAUUUCUCUAGAGUCCUAAAAGCUGCAGUUCAGAGCCGAGGAAAUGAUGUAGCAAAGUUAACUGUGUCUCAUUUGAUUCUUACUAUGCACAUAUACUAUAACAAUUUAAUCACUGGAGAAAACUCAUAUAGCAAGCUGUCUCUUGUUGACUUGGCUGGAAGUGAAGGAUCAAUUGCAGAGGAUGAAAGUGGUGAGCGAGUGACGGACUUGCUGCAUGUCAUGAAAUCACUUUCAGCAUUGGGAGAUGUUUUGGCUUCUUUGACUUCAAAAAAGGAUGUUAUUCCUUACGAGAAUUCAAUGCUAACUAAAGUGCUUGCAGACUCACUAGGCGGGACUUCAAAAACUUUGAUGAUUCUCAAUGUCUGCCCAAAUGCUUUGAAUUUGAAGGAGACAUUGUCAUCACUUAAUUUCGGUGCUAGAGCUCGAAAUGCUGUCCUAAGCCUUGGGAAUCGUGAUACAAUUAAGAAAUGGAGAGAUACUGCAAAUGAUGCACGCAAAGAAUUAUAUGACAAGGAGAAGGAAAUCCAAGACUUGAAGCAGGAAGUUUUGGGUCUUAAACAUGCACUCAAGGAUGCAAAUGAUCAAUGUGUUCUACUCUUUAAUGAGGUUCAGAAGGCUUGGAAAGUUUCUCAAACAUUGCAGUCGGAUUUAAAGUCAGAGAGUAAUAUGCUUGCAGAUAAGCAUAAAAUCGAGAAAGAACAAAAUGCUCAGCUACGAAAUCAAGUUGCUCAACUUUUACAAUUGGAGCAAGAGCAGAAAUUGCAGAUACAACAACGAGAUUCAACUGUCCAGACCUUGCAGGCCAAGAUUAAAAGCCUCGAAUCCCAUCUCAAUGAAGCCCUUCACUCCAAUGAAGCUCGGUCUACAUUUAGCUCCGAAUCAGGGACUAAGGGCCCAUCAAUUUCCAAGGACACUGGAGAGAGUGUGGAUUCUUAUACAGUAACUAAGAAAUUGGAAGAGGAACUCAAAAAACGUGAUGCGUUGAUCGAGAGAUUGCAUGAAGAAAAUGAGAAAUUGUUUGACAGGUUGACAGAGAAAGCAUCUAUGUCUGAAUCAUCACAGCUGUCAAGCCCAUUGUCCAAAGGACCGGUAAAUGUGCAGCCUCAGGACCCUGGAAGAAAUGAUAAUAAAAGUGGUUCAAUUGAUAGUACUACUUCCUCAUUAGCUGCUGAGAAGACGGAGGGUACAGUUGCUUUGGUUAAAGUGGAUUCUGAGAAAAAAACCACCCCAGCAGGAGAAUAUCUUACUGCUGCUUUGAAUGAGUUCGAUCCUGAGCAAUAUGACAGCCUUGCUGCUAUUUCAGAUGGUGCCAAUAAGCUGUUAAUGCUGGUUUUAGCUGCUGUGAUUAAAGCAGGAGCUUCUAGAGAGCAUGAGAUACUUGCUGAAAUUAGAGAUGCUGUAUUCUCUUUUGUUCGUAAAAUGGAACCAAAGAGGGUAAUGGAUACCAUGCUUGUAUCUCGUGUUAGAAUUUUGUAUAUUAGAUCGUUGCUUGCUAGAUCACCAGAGCUGCAGUCCAUCAAGGUAUCAUCUGUUGAUUGUUUUCUGGAAAAGGCUAAUACUGGACGUAGUAGAAGUUCUAGCCGUGGUAACAGCCCUGGAAGGUCUCCUGUUCGCUAUGCUAAUGAGCACAUCCAAGGCUUUAAGGUUAAUUUGAAGCCAGAAAGGAAGUCCAAGUUCUCCUCAGUUGUAUCAAAGAUAAGAGGGCUGGAUCAGGAUAAUUUGAAGCAACAGGUAACUGGUGAAAAGCUUAGGGAAAUACUUGAGGAAGCCAAAAGUUUUGCAAUUGGAAACAAGGCUCUUGCUGCUUUAUUUGUUCAUACUCCAGCAGGUGAGCUGCAGCGCCAAAUUAGAUCCUGGCUUGCAGAGAAUUUUGACUUUCUUUCUGUUACGGGAGACGACGCAUCCGGGGGAACAACUGGUCAGUUGGAGCUUCUUUCAACUACAAUUAUGGAUGGUUGGAUGGCUGGACUUGGUGCUGCUGUGCCUCCUAGUACAGAUGCUCUUGGCCAACUUCUAUCUGAGUAUGCAAAGCGAGUCUUUAGUUCUCAGCUACAACACCUGAAGGAUAUUGCUGGCACUUUGGCAACAGAAGAGGCUGAAGAUGCACCACAGGUGGCAAAGCUGCGUUCUGCACUUGAAUCUGUAGAUCAUAAAAGAAGAAAGAUCUUGCAACAAAUGAGAAAUGAUGCAGCAUUACUAACACUAGAAGUUGGCGGUUCACCCAUUCAGAAUCCUUCUACUGCUGCUGAAGACGCACGAUUAGCGUCUCUAAUAUCACUUGAUGGCAUAUUGAAGCAAGUCAAGGAUACAGUAAGACAAUCUUCUGUGAGCAUCUUGAGUAAAAGUAAGAAGAAAGCAAUGCUAUUAUCUCUAGAUGAACUUUCCGAGCGAAUGCCGUCCCUUCUUAACAUUGAUCAUCCAUGUGCCCAGAGGCACAUUGCUGAUGCUCGUCAGAUGAUUGAAACAAUUCCUGAAGAAGAUGACCGCAUUCAAGAACCAUCACGAAGUCGCAGAUCAUCCAGAGAUUUUGGGACUGGCACUGAAACUGAUGUGGCACAGUGGAACGUCCUCCAGUUCAAUACAGGCUCAACAACCCCAUUUAUCAUCAAGUGUGGAUCAAACUCAAACUCAGAACUUGUCAUUAAAGCAGAUGCCCGAGUUCAGGAACCCAAGGGUGGUGAGAUUGUGAGGGUUGUUCCAAGACCGCCUGUUUUGGAAAACAUGAGCUUAGAGGAGAUGAAACAAGUAUUCUCUGAACUCCCAGAAGCUCUAAGCCUGCUUGCCUUGGCAAGGACUGCUGAUGGAACCCGAGCUCGAUACUCUAGGCUGUACAGAACAUUGGCCAUGAAAGUUCCAUCCCUGAGGGAUCUAGUUGGGGAGCUUGAAAAGGGAGGAGUACUAAAAGAUAUAAAGGCAUGAAAAGCAAAAACAUUCACUGGUAACGAGAACCAUUCUUUUGAUUUUGUAUCGGCGAUAUCACAUGGCCAAGUUUCGUUGUGGGUUUUGUCAAAGUGUUUUGAUGUUUGUAAUGUAGGUUGUGUGUAAUGUUAUAUAUGUUCAUAGGCAAUGUCACACAUGUGUUCUAAAUGCUGUAACGCUUUAUGUACAUUGUUUACACAUUUUUUGGCAUUGCUGAUGUGAAGCAUUUUGUUGUAAUCCAUCUAAUAUUGUACCAUAUAUUAAUCCCAUUUUUUGUUUAA